UCCAACUGAAGCUGCCAUCAUUUAGUGUCGGCAUGAGAGCUCUUGUACUGCUGUGUCUGCUGAAUGGAGCGUUUGCUCAAAACGGAUAUUCCUGGAAUGGACCUGUCCGGAUUGCUCCAGAUCCCGACCCCAACGCAGGCAGUGCAUGCAGCACGGAUAAAUUCUCCUGUGGUUGCUGCCUGAUGGUGCAAGAGGUGAACAGGCUGAAGACCUACUUUAACAAGAGCUUGACUGAGCUGGAGAAGGACUUCCAAAAGACAAAAGAAAGUCUCAGGGUGGUUGAAGCCAGCCGCGUUGCCUUCUCUGUCUCUCUAUUCAGCGAUGAAAAUUUUAAGUGUUACGGCCCCUUCAGCGAAAUGAACAAGGUCGUCAUCUACAAAAAUGCCUUCCUUAACUUGGGCGGAGCCUACAACAUGAACACUGGCAUCUUCACCGUUCCCUACUCAGGCGUCUACAGCCUCGCAGUCACCAUCUUCAGUGACGCGGGGUCUCCCGGCAACAUGCUGGCUGCCUGUGCCAAUCUGCAGGUUAACAAUAAAGUGAUGGCAAGAGCCAAAGAGUUUAAUAACAAUGACCAAGAAGAUAGCGCCACUAUAGUUGUGGCCAUGCACCUGAAAGUUGGAGACAUGGUGACUGUUACCUUAAGCAGUGGCUGCUAUCUCUGUGAUGAAAGCUACUACAACACCUUCAGUGGCUUUCUGCUUUAUGGUACUGAAUAAGUUGGAGGAUGGUUGGUUUUUAUUGCAAGUUUUGCUCCACUCUUUAGGUUAGCAUCUGCUAGAUGAAAUUUUCUGUAUCAGUCUACUGUUUUGGGUUUUUUUGAGAAAGUCCCGGUUUUAAAUUUAUCGUGCUUUGAUUCAGCUUGUACAAUCCGAAAGCUUAAACCAAGAAACUAUAAGAGUAUCUUUGUUCUGAAAAAAACAUAUUUUCUUGUUGCAGUAAUGGCGUGUAAUGUGUAUAUACAAUCAGCACCCAUGCACCUUGUAAAAUUACAUGAACUGUAAUCAAAUUUUGUUUUAACUGAAGAAUUGUGUGAUUGUUUGGAAAAUUAAACUAUUGAAAUACUGA